UAGCGAACUCCCAGCCAAAUAUUGUUAUACACCACAGUUAAAUUCUUCCCUUUUCUCUUAGGAAAAAAAUGAGGGUAUUUAGCUUUGAUUCUGAUGAUCGCUACAUCGUACCAGCGACCGUUCGAGAAGGCAAAUCUGCUGAUGUUUUCGUGAUGAACUACGCUGGGGAGUCAUAUGAUCCUGAGAAGUUCGUAGCUCGCGUCGGGCCAUCCAGAAAAGCAGGCUUCAAUGCGCUACAAGUGUGGGGCGUCACCAUUGAAGGCGAGGAGCAAUUCAAAGAGUUGGUGGCCGACAUGGCCAUCAAAUCCAGCCAAACAAGAAGCCGAAGCUACCGUCUCGGGGUGAACCGUUUCGGCCUGUGUUUCCUCAUAGGAGGUCCGGUUCACCCCUUGGGGAGGUCCGUGGUUAUCAACGAUUACUUUGGUUGGUCCAAAUACGGCGUCGAACCGCCCCUGCCGCCGCCGCCGGACGGUACUACUACUUAUCGUAUUGGUGCCCGUGUCGUGAUGAACAGUUUCGAAGCGUUCCACAACCGUGUUGAGGUGGCGGUGGACGUUCGAGGAAUCAUGAGGGCUGCCGAGGAAGCCAAGAACCUGCGGCGGAGGCUGGAAAGGAUGGAGAAAGAGGCGGAGGAGGUGAGGCUGGAGCUGACGGCGUGUAGGAAGGAGAUUGAAUGCAUGGACGAUGCGGUGGAGAGGAGUGAGAAGACUAAGGUUGUACUGGAAAAGUCGGCGGAAGAGAAAGAGAAGGAGGUUGAGGGGUUGAAUAGUCAACUUUUCGCUUUCAAGGCCGCUCUGGUGUCUUUAGUUGAUCAUCAUCACAACCACGACGAAGUAUAAAAAAAUCUCUUCCUACAGUAUCCAUCGAUCGACUUCCCUACCAUCAAAAUUCACUAUUUAAUUUAUCCGUAAUUAAUUCAUCGUUAUCAUGUAUGUCUUAUUAUGCUUUACAUCGAUGUAAUAAAUCAACAAAGAUGAUUAUUAAUUGAUAAAAAUAAUAUUACAAUGCAAAAUGUAGUGGUUUGUGAUUAUUUACAUUCAAGGCUGCUCUCGUGACGUUUGUUUACCAGUGGAAUGGAUUACUAUUGCAAACUUGAUUGAACCACUUUUGUAAAAUUUCUUGCUUCCCCUGGUUUCGGAUUUGGAAUAAAAGAUUCACCUUUCAAAAAAAAAAAAAGUUAAUACAUUAAUUAAUGGACUUAUCUGAAGAAGAUCGCGUCAGCAGGUAAUAAAAUGAAUCAUAUAAUAUUGAGAGGCGAGUAAAGAUUUUUUAAAAAUAACUCUAAUAUGAAUGAAAUCUCACUUGUGUGUCUAUGUUUCAUUUUUCAUGAUGUUAGAGGCAAUUAAUGGAACGUUACAAUGGUUGACAUUCGCGUGUAUGACCUCCAAACCGAAGAAAGAUCAACUAUUUCAUGAUAAAACGACGUCCCUCAACCCUUGUUGGCUACCAAUGAAGUUCCUCAUGUGGCCAUUAACUGUGCCAAAAAUUAAUUCUUAUUAAUUGUCUUAACUUGUAAUUAUCAAUCGAGGAAGAAGAAGAUCAAUCUCUGCAGAAGUAAAGUGCAGAACAAAGAACAGAACGCAGA